AUGACAGUGCAAACAAACAUGUCAAUGAACAGUAUCCACGUCACACAAAAUCACCACGCUGGCACUGUUCCGAAGUCUAUCUCAAAAUACAUGCCUAAUCUACAACAAAUCAAAGCAUUACUCAAAGUUUACUCUCCAACUAUGUUCUUGCAUCCCAGCGACGAAUACAUGCCAUCUUCAGUGGAUUGGUUUUUCUCCAAUGGUGCUCUACUAUAUAAGAAAGGGCAAGAGUCAAAUCCUGUUCCAAUAGCACCAAACGGCACAAACCUGCCUCAGGAUCAUAACAACGAUGGUGCCUAUUGGCUAGACCUGCCUGCUGGAGCAGCCAACAAAGAGAGGGUCAAGACAGGAAACUUGCAAAGUGCCAAAAGUUAUGUACAUGUGAAACCAAUGCUGGGAGGAACCUUCACUGACAUUGCAAUGUGGGUCUUCUACCCAUUCAAUGGCUCUUCAAGAGCAAAAGUUAAGUUUAUUUCUUUUCUAUUGGGGAAAAUCGGUGAACAUGUUGGGGACUGGGAGCAUGUGACACUAAGGUUAAGCAACUUUAGUGGUGAACUAUGGCAGGUCUAUUUCUCACAACACAGCAAAGGUACAUGGGUUGAUUCCUCUCAGAUUGAGUUCCAGAGUGGUGGCAACAAACCACUAUUCUACUCUUCCUUACAUGGCCAUUCAACAUACCCACAUGCUGGCCUUAAUCUGCAAGGGGAAGAUAACAUAGGCAUAAGGGAUGAUACUGUUAAAGGUAACAUUUUUAUGGAUAUGGGGACAUUUGAAUUAGUUUCUGCUAAAUAUUUGGGUUCUGCGGUUAUAGAGCCUCCAUGGCUGAAUUAUUUCGGAGACUGGGGUCCUAAAAUUGAUUAUAACAAAAAUGCUGAGCUGAAGAAGAUUCAGAAGUUCGUUCCUAAGAAUAAAAAUUGUGCUUUGGAGAAGAUUUUGAGGAGUUUGCCAUGUGAGGUGCUGGGAGAGGAAAGCCCCACUGGACCAAAGGUCAAGAAUGAUUGGUGUGGAGAUGAAAUUUGA